AUGGCACCAUAUGAAAUGCUAUAUGGAACAAAAUGUAAAACCCCUGUUUGUUGGGGAGAAGUGGGGCAAAGAGAACUCGCUCGUAAGGAUGUAUUAGUGAUAACUAAUGAAAAGAUCGAUCUUGUACGGGCUCGAUUAAAAGCAGCGCAAGAUCGACGUAAGUCCUAUGCAGACAAAAGAAGGCGUCCUAUUGAAUUCCAAGUGAGGGACCGAGUAUUGUUGAAAGUGUCCCCAUGGAAAGGUAUAAUCCGAUUCCGUAAACGAGGAAAGUUAGGUCCUCGAUAUAUCGGACCGUUCAAAAUUUUAGCUCGUGCUGGAAAGGUAGCUUAUCGAUUAGAAUUACCCCCAACAUUAGAUGGUAUCCAUAACACCUUUCAUGUUUCACAAUUACGGAAGUGCCUUGCGGAUGAAACGGCUCACAUACCCUUUAAAGACCUUGAGGUGGAUGAAAGAAUGAAUUAUAUUGAAAGACCGGUAGCUAUAAAAGAUUCAAAAGUAAAGACCCUUCGCAACAAAGAAAUUAAGCAAGUGUUAGUGCAAUGGAAACACCGGAAGGGAUCGGAUCUCACUUGGGAACCGGAGGAUGAAAUGCAAAGGUUCUACUUGGCUUUAUUCGGUACGUAA